GUGACAUCUGGUGUAAACUAUAUACCAAAUAAUUGUGAUAAUCUAAUUGGUGUAAAUGGCUCUACAAAUGAUGCUGAAAACACCAGUUACAACUCUGACCAUGAUGAUUCUGUGGAUAGCCAAAAUCAGAGUACACGGAAGCGUAAAUACUCAACAGAAUCAGCCAAAGAGUUUGAAGCUUUGGAAAUGUGCACUUCAGCAAAGAUUAAACGUACUUGUGAAAUGGUGUUUGAACAAUUGGAGACAGUACGUGCAAAGCUUGCUCAAUCCCAACGAGAAUUGGACGAAGUACAGUCGGUGUCGAAAAUCAAUGAUUUUAUACCUGAGAAAGUUGAACAGGUAUUUAAUGAUCAGCAUGUAUGGUCUAUGGCAAAUGUUAAAUGUGAUGACGAUCCUUUAUUUAAUGGUGAUCCAUUUGCCGACCUUAAACUGUGGUUGGACAAACAAGCGUCCGAACCACAGGAAACACUUGUUCCAGUCUCGGACACUAAAUCCAAUAAACUAAUAUCUCCUAACUCACCUGCUGAAGAACUUCCUAAUUCCUCUCACACUCCCCGGCAGCCUAAUGAAAAUCAACCUGAUCAAGUGAUUGAAAGAGUGAAAUGGGAAGCACAAAUUAUUCAAAAGAUUAAUCAACUACAGCGUGAUGGGCUAUGGAGUGAAAAAAGACUGCCUAAAAUUUAUGAACCUCCAAGAAAUAAAGCACACCAUGACUAUCUUUUGGAAGAAAUGCAGUGGCUUGCCACUGAUUUUGCACAAGAACGAAAGUGGAAGAAAAAAGCAGCCAAACAAUGCGCUAAAAUGGUUAUGAAGCAUUUCCAUGAAAAAAAAAUAGAGGCUCAGAAAGCUGCAAAAGCAUCUGAAAUGCAUCAAAAGCGAAUAACUGGUUUCAUUGCUAAAAUGAUAAAAACAUUUUGGAGUAAUGUAGAAAAGUUACUUGUAUUCAAGCAAUCGACUAAAUUGGAGGAACAAAGAAAAAUUGCGUUAGACGAACAUUUAAAUUUUAUUGUUGAUCAAACUGAAAAAAUGACAACUUUGGUGGCUGAAAGUUUAAUGAAGUCUGCUAAUAAUUCUUUGAUAAUGUCACAAAAUUCUCCAAUGAUUGUUUCUGAUGGUAAAACCAAUACUUGUAAUUCAUCUUCUGAUGAUGAUACUAUUGUAGAUAAAAACAAGUUACUCAAUGACAAUACUGGUUGUAAAAAAGAAAUUGAUUUGUUAAAACGAGAAUCAAAAUCAAUAGAUAAAAAACCAAAAGGUUCAUUAGAAAAACCGGAGAAUGAUGUGGCAGAAGAGCARAUACCAAGUGAUAGAAGUGAGGAUGAAGAUUUUGAAGCAUCAAAUUCCAGUUGGAGUGAUGAUGAAGAAACAUUGCAGCUUGCAGAAAAAGAAGAUGGUCGAAUAGAUCAUUCUUUAGAAAUUGCUGAAUUAGAGUGUUUAUUCAUUGUUUUAGGCAAUUCAAAUACUCAUAAAGGUUUUAAUGUUGUAAGCGAAGGCAUAGUUAAUGUAAAUAAUAAAAAUGACGUUUUAAACAUCUCAAAAUGUUCCAAAAAUUCAUCAGUAUCUAAAUCUACACCUAUAAUAGAAUCAACUAAAGAGCGGACUGAUGAUAUUCUUUUUMAUGAUCCAAAUUUAGAAGAAAAACGAAUUUUAAGGAGAAAAAUUAAAAUCGAUAAUUUAUCAUUUAUAAAUAACAAAAGAAUAGAUGGUGCUACGAAUGUUGUUUAUGGUCAAGAUUUAAGAGACUUUAUAAGAUUUGAUGCAUCGUCGGGUCAUGUUGGUUGUUCAGAUUCGGUUGAAAGGAAUCCUUGGCUUUGGCUCGGUUCAAAUAAUGUUUUAUCUGUUGUUGCUCAGUAUUCUGCCCACAUACAGCGUAUGUCUUACAUGACUGCAGUUGCUUUGUCAGAUUCAGUUAAAACACUAGAUAGCAGAAUGAAAGAAUUACAUGAUUCUUUUGAACAAUUUAUUGUUUAUGUGCCAGCUGUACAAGGAAGAACUCCAAAAACUGAAUUUCAAUUUCUUCAAAAUGAUGAUUCAUCAUUAUUAGAAAAAGACAUAAAACCAACUUUAAAUGCCUUGCAUCCCAUUAUUUCAGCCAUGAGUGUUUUAUUUCCUGAUCAAAGGUUAAUUCAAUAYGAUUGUGGUAAAUUACAGUCACUUGAUUAUUUACUACGAGAAUUAAAAGCUGGACAUCAUCGAGUACUUAUUUUUACUCAAAUGACUAAAAUGUUGGAUAUCCUCGAAGCAUUCCUCAAUUUUCAUGGGUAUAUAUAUUUAAGAUUAGAUGGAACAACAAAGGUUGAAACUAGACAGCUUUUAAUGGAAAGGUUUAAUGCAGACAAAAGGUAUUUUUGUUUUAUUUUAUCAACACGRUCUGGUGGUGUAGGCAUCAAUCUUACUGGAGCAGAUACUGUGAUAUUUUAUGAUAGUGAUUGGAAUCCUACAAUGGAUGCUCAAGCGCAGGAUCGCUGUCAUCGUAUUGGUCAAACUAGAGAUGUUCACAUUUAUAGAUUAAUUAGUGAAAAAACUAUUGAAGAGAAUAUUCUUAAAAAAGCAAACCAAAAGAGAUUAUUGGGUGAUUUAGCUAUUGAAGGUGGCAAUUUUACUGCUUCCUUUUUUAAGUCUACAACAAUUCAAGAUCUUUUCAAAGUCAACACUACUGAUGAAAAACGAAGUGUUCAUGUGUUGGAAUCUGAAUUUUCUAAUUUUCAUAGUACAAGUGAUAAUGAUAGAAAUGCUAUAAAUGUAUUUGAAACAGCUCUUGCAGCUGCAGAGGAUGAGACUGAUGUUGCGGCAGCUAAAACUGCAAAAGAAGAAGCUGUUGCAGAUUUGGCUGAAUUUGAUGAAGCUAUUCCUAUUGUAGAACAAAAUGAUAUUAAACUAAGUAAAGCAGACAUGGAAGUUCAAGCAUUAGAAAAACAGUUAUCGUGUAUUGAAAAAUGGGCUAUAAGACUAAUGGAAAAUAAUGAAAUGGAUUGGGCAACUAAGCAAGUAGCUGUUGCUGAAGCAGAAUUGGAACAACAAAAACAAGAGUGGAAAGUUGAACAACAACAAGCAGCUAAGCGUACAGAAGAAAGGAUGAACCAGAAACGUAAGCUUCCAGAUUCUGAGGAUGGAGAAGAUGAUUCUUUGGAUUUGACAUUCAUCAAUAACUUCCAGAUUGUUUAUCCUAAUCUUGGCUCAAAAAAAUCUGAUGUACCAAAGAAUUUAAUCCUUGGACCGUGGUCAGGAGAAAAUGAAAUCUAUCAUGACCCAUUAUACUUUGGUCAGUAUUCUUAUAUACCAAUGACAGAAGCUCAACUACCUCCCAUGCCAUCUGCUCGAAAACGACCAAGAACUGAUGUCACAUUUAUAAACAAUCGUCUAAGUUUACCUGUGUCAUUGUCUUCAAGUUCAAAAUCAACAUAUGGAAUACGGGAUAAUAAUGCUGGUGAAUGGAGACCUAAUGAAAAUAUUUUUCCACACCUACCUCGGUCAAUGUUUGACCGUGCUUCUAGUGCAUUGCUUAAAAUGCGUAAUGAUAUACGCAUUCAGCGAUAUCGUGGUAUUAAUAGACCCAUGACCAUGACUUUAGCGAGUUUGAAACCACCUUUACCAGCUCGACCUGUUCCAGAACCACCCCAUGUACCAGACUGGCUUAUACAUGAAGACUAUGCUCUUCUGCAAGCUGUACAAAGAGUACAAGAAAUGACAUUGAAUUUAGUAAUACUAUGUCCAGCUCAUACACCUAAUUGGGAUCUAGUAUCUGAGCUAGUUAAUAUGAUGUCACGAGUCUAUAGAUCUCCUAAACAAUGUAAAAAUAGGUACGAGUCAGUAAUAGUUGCUAGAGAAGAAGGUCGUAUGCUGCAAGAACAACUACUCAAAAAACAGAAAAAAAAAAUUAAUCGAGGAUUACGCACGUCGCAAAUAUAUUCUACAGAUGGAAACCGGACUCAUACUCAAUUACUUAUAUCCCGUUUUAAUGGUUUAUUAUCUGUUGCUGCUAAACGACAACCCUUAUGUCGAACUAACAGUCAAUAUGUGCCUAGCCAAUCGGCUAACACACCUUUGAUUCCAAAUGCUAGUCACAUUGCAAUAUUGAAAGAAAAUUAUGAUGUAGACUAUAAUGUACCUUUGGGUCCAAUGCAAGUUAUAAGUCGUCGUACCGAUCGUAUGAUAAGAGAAAAACAACAGCAACAGCACACUGAACCUACAACAGUCAGAGUGCAGCCACAACCUCAAACUGUAAAAUCUAUUCAGUUGCCUAACUCUCUGCCUCCAGCUCAAACUGUUAGUCCGGCACCAGUUAGACCCUCACCCACCACUCAACAUCGAAUUAUUAUGAGUUCUCCAUCACCUUCCAUUAAUCAAGAAGCAAAUAUACAAAAUAUACCUCAGACUAGUCCUAAGGUGGUUCCAAUACCAAUGUCUGUUCAUUAUUCUGCUGCUGUUCAACGAGCUCUUAAUUUCACUCAAGCUUCCAUUGUAACUCAAGCAUCUUCAUCUUCCGGAAAAGUUACCACAACGAACAAAACUAUUACUCAAUCUCAGAUUCAAAUGUAUCGCCAACAACAGCAAAAUAUAGCUAGACAACAAGUUAAGAUGGUUAGUGCUCGUCCAACAAAAACGUCUACUGCCAACAUCAUACCCGUCCAGACAUCUCAAACGCCAACUACUCUAAAUGUUCGACCCAAAAACACAUUAAAUACUAGGAAUAUAACUGACACUGAUGUUACAAAUUUUAUAAAAAGACAUCAAUUAUUACAACAAAAACAAGCACAAACUGUUACUGUUCAAUCGCCUAUCGCGACUGCAGGACCAUCUAUAGUUAAAACAUCCGUACAAAGUCUAAUGCUUUCUGCUGGUGCUAAAAAUGCUAUAAGCGUUGCAACUGCUACGAAAAACAUCAAUCCUCAACAACAAUUUAGACAUCUUACACUUCAGCAACCUAUGUUAACUCAGAGAAAAAUUCCUACCCAAAAAGUUACUCAAUUGAGUCAAGUUGUGGUGGCUGGAAAGACUGGAGUUCCAACACAAUUGAUUGUUCAAUCCAAGGGUGUACCAAGUACAAUGACUAUGCAGCAAUUGCAGACUAUGAUGAAACAACAAAAUAUCCAAAACGUUAGUGUGUCUGGCGCUAAUAUAACUGCGAUGCAAUCAAAUUCAAAUGCCGGUCAAGUUAUAUCCCAUGUCAUUGCAAAAAGUCAUGGACAGUCUUCGAGUAUUGGAUUAACAAGAGUACUACCAGUUGUUACAACCCAAACUUCAUUAAAACAAGCAAUUCAGGUGGUGAAUCCAGUUCAAACAUUGAGAACAUCUGGUGUUGGGAUUGAAACAGCUCGUUCAACAUUACAACCAUGUUCUUUGACUAAUGUAUUUAAAACUACUGGAAAUCCUGGACAUUCUUCCAACAUACUAUCUCAGGUUGUAUUUCAACAAGGUCAGCAAAUGUCUGUACGCCAAGGUCAGUUACGUGUACAAAGCUCAUCAGGUCAAACUGGAUCUAUAGUUGCUGUGUCUAUGGCUCCUCAACAACAGCAACCAACUGUAUUGACUAUACCUUCGUCCCCUAAUUCACAUACUCCACGCACAACUUAAAUUACAUAAUCCUAUAAUAUGAUUUUAGAUAAAUUAUUUUUAUUUGAGUUUAGGUUCACAUUACCUAUUGGUUUUUUUUUUUAUAUUACCAUUAACAGACUAAUUUUGAGCAUUUUUUUGUUCCUUUUAAAAAUUGUUUCAAAGAAAAUUAUUGUUUUCAGUUGUAUGUCAAAGAAUAACAAUAUUUAACUUUU